AUGAACCACCCAGAAGUGAAAACUGGGCUAAUUGUCACUGCAAAGCAGACAUACUACCCAAUUGAAUUGUCGAAUGCAGAACUAUUAACUCAUUAUGAAACCAUACAGGAAUACCAUGAGGAAAUUUCUCAAAACGUGUUGGUUCAAUCUUCCAAGACAAAACCAGAUAUAAAGUUGAUCGAUCAGCAACCGGAGAUGAAUCCUCAUCAAACUAGAGAAGCCAUAGUAACAUUUUUGUACCAGCUUUCAGUGAUGACUAGAGUAAGUAAUGGUAUUUUCUUCCACGCUGUCAGGUUUUACGAUCGCUAUUGCUCUAAGAGGGUGGUGUUAAAGGACCAAGCUAAACUAGUUGUGGGUACCUGCCUUUGGUUAGCGGCAAAAACUUGGGGAGGAUGCAACCAUAUUAUAAACAAUGUCUCCAUCCCCACAGGUGGUAGGUUCUAUGGUCCCAAUCCUAGAGCUCGUAUUCCACGUCUUUCUGAAUUGGUUCAUUACUGCGGCGGGUCCGACUUAUUCGAUGAAUCAAUGUUCAUUCAAAUGGAAAGACAUAUUUUGGACACUCUGAACUGGGAUGUUUAUGAGCCCAUGAUUAAUGAUUACAUUUUAAAUGUUGACGAAAAUUGUUUGAUACAAUACGAACUUUACAAAAACCAGUUACAAAAUAACAAUAACAACGGCAAAGAAUGGUCCAAUAAAAGAAAGUCGCAGUCGUCUGAUGACAGUGACGCCACAGUGGAAGAACAUAUCGGCAGUUCACCACAAAGCACUGGGCUAGAUGGCGAUACGACUGCCAUGGACGAGGAUGAAGAACUGAAUUCCAAAAUCAAAUUGAUCAAUUUGAAGAGAUUUCUGAUUGAUUUGAGCUCUUGGCAAUACAAUUUGCUUAAGUUCGAAUUAUACGAAAUUUGCAAUGGUGUUUUUUCUAUAAUAAACAAAUUCACUAACCAAGACCAAGGUCCUUUUCUUUCUAUGCCCAUUGGUAAUGAUAUAAACUCAAACACUCAAACGCAGGUAUUUAGCAUUCUCAUCAAUGGUAUAACCAAUUCUCCCCCAUCUUUAGUCGAAGUUUAUAAAGAGCAAUAUGGUAUAAUACCUUUCAUAUUACAAGUAAAAGACUAUAACUUGGAAUUACAAAAGAAACUGCAACUGGCCUCUACCAUAGACUUAACCAGGAAAAUCGCCGUUAAUUCUCGUUACUUUGACCAAAAUGCCUCUUCAUCAUCAGUUUCUUCUCCAAGCACAUAUUCCACGGGGACGAACUAUACUCCAAUGAGAAACUUUAGCGCACAAUCAGACAACAGUGUUUUCAGUACCACCAACAUCGACCAUUCGUCGCCGAUCACUCCUCACAUGUACACUUUCAAUCAAUUCAAAAACGAAAGUGCUUGUGACAGUGCCAUAAGUGUAAGCAGUCUACCUAACCAAACACAAAGCGGCAACCUGCCAUUAUCAAGUAAUUAUCAGAAUAUUAUACUAGACGAAAGGAAUAAAGAGAAUAGAAUCCCCAACUCGUCAUCCGCCGAAGUACCGCAACGUGCAAAAUUUAUGACAACCGGUAUUUUCCAGAACACAGGUGAACUUACUAAUAGAGCGUCUUCGAUAUCGCUAUCGAUAAGAAAUCACAACAGCUCUCAACUGUGA